UCGUUCGGGUAAGCUAAUUCAGCAGCAGCUGCUCAAAUCCUACAAAUAUAAAUAACUACACAGUGGUGCGAAAGUCUGCAAAAUAUUCUAGUUUUGGCCUGAUUGUCAUCGCAAAACCGCACCCCCACACAUCACAGUUAAAUAGCAUCAUCUCGUGAUGGCGGAUCCUGAAAAAUGGGAACUUUUAGCACUGCAACAAGAGUUUGACUGGGUUCUACAGCACGAAGUUCCUUCCGCUAUUCGUCGACUUCGUGUGGUCAUUGAAGAAUGUGCUCGCCAUUUCCCCCAAUCCGUCGCCAAGAUCGUGACUCCACCCAAGCUGGAGAAAUUCGUCAUGGCCACAGCCUCCCAUAAUGCUCAGGAUUCGAUCAAAUGCAUCGUCACUGUGCUUGGGGACAAUAUCACACAUGCGGACAUAACCAUCAAGUUGCAUAAGAAUACGUCUCAGUACCACGGCCAGUUACAGACGGAAUGGAAAUUGCAACAGACGCAAGAUUCGGCCAACCAUUUACAGACUUGUUGCUACUUCCUGGAUAGUUUGGACGAUGGUCAGGUAAAAUCGGCCGAAGAAGCGAUGCAUGCCUUGAAUCAGGUUAUCGCAUACCUUCACAAAGGCCGGAAUUGUCUCAUCAUUCCGAAAAAGAGGACGAUAGAUGAUCUCGUGUCGAGUAGAAAUAUGAAAUCUCUCAUUCCCAACUUACCCUCCGACCUCACCAUCUCGUUCUACAUCCAGGCCCACAAACUCAUCUUUGCUGUCUACCUGCUAAGCCAACAACAAGGUCACGUUAAGUUUGAAACAUUCCAGGCCGACUGUUCUGUUCCCUGGUUGAACGAAGUGAUCGUCCUUUACUCAGAUGCACUCCAGCUUUGUCAACAACUGAAAGACAAGAUCAUGGUAUUUUCUCAGUACAAGGACGCCAAUCUCUUGGGAUCUCACUGCGCCUCGCCAGACUCAUGGGAGAUGGAGGGGAAAGGGAUAAUCGUGCCGGGCGAGGGAUCCGGCCGUCCUGGAAUGACGGGUGCUGGUGAUGGUCCACCCACUUAAGCAAGGAAGGAUAUGAAGCCCAACCAAAUUGACGCCAUGAUGGAAAUGAUGAACAUGUCGUCGUUCGUUCGUUCGUUCGUCUGUGUGCAAUAAUUACUAUGUAUGUAUCUCGUAGUCAUAUUUAUAACAUUACAAAACAACUCUUGUCUCGUUGAUUCCUUACACAUGCAUAAAAAGUAAAUAAAUAACAAUAAAUAUUUAA